AUGGCUUUUGCUCUUGGAUUUUCAACCAACCAUAGUUUAAAAUCUCAUGCCCUUUUGCUUCCUCAAGUUCCAUCAAACCCUCUUGUUGUCUCAAAGAUAUCAACAGUUUCUUCUUUAUCAACAAAAGGUGCUGGCCAUCGAAUGAACCUCAAGCACCCAUCAAGAGCAUCAGCUGAAGGGAUUCCUAGUGAGUUAAUGGAUGAAGAUUCUAAGUUUGUUCCUUUGAAUGCUGAUGACUCUGCGUAUGGUCCACCUGCCUUCUUGUUGUUGGGCUUUGAAGUAGAGGAGGCAGUGAAGAUAAAAGAGCUUUUGAAAGAGUUGGAUGGUGAAUUCUUACAGCUUAUUUUUUGCACCGAAGACAUGAUUUCUCGUUCACUAUGGGAAGCAGUGAAUACAAGUCAACCAAAUUUGGAAACGGUGAAGAUUGCAAAGUCACUGCCACGGAUCUGCUUUUUGUCUGGCCUUAGCGGGGAGGAGAUGAUGAUGUUCAUUGACGCUUUUCCAGAAACAGGACUAGAACCUGCUGUAUUUGCAGCUCUUGUUCCAAACAGUGCUGAUAAACCACUGCAGGAAUUAAUAGAAGAAAUUAUGGGGGACCAUGAAAUGCUGACUCCAACUGAAAGCAAAUUUGCGAUUCUCCCUUCUGACAGAGGAAAUUCCAUAAAACUCUCUUUGAGCUUCAACAAGAUCUACCUCUUAACAAUUCUGGCUGCAGCCAAGAUGGUUCCUCUGGGAAAGCUAACUACUGUUGAUCUGAAAAAGGAUGGCCUCCGACCUGCCAAAUAA